AUGCUGGAGAAACCGCUGUUGAAUAUCCUAGUAGUCGGUUUCAAAUUGCUUAGGGUGAUGGAUCUCCAAAAUGUAGAACUCUCCAGUCUCCCAGAUGAAAUUGGGUCUAUAAUCCACUUGAGGUACCUACGUCUCAUUGUACUUCAAAUGCUACCAUCCACUAUAACCCGCUUGUCCAAUCUACAAACAUUUUAUCUACACUGUCCGGAGUUCAACAUGCAGCUGGAUGAUAUUUGUAAGAUGGAAAAGAUACGACACCUACUGCUACCAUGGGGAUGUUCAAUCAGCAAACACACGCCACUCCAUCGCUUAAGCAAUCUCCAGACUCUAAAGGUAGUAAAGGCAGACAGCUGGAUAGAAGCUGGGUUAGAGAAACUGACCAAUUUGAGAGAUUUGGAAAUGCAUGAUCUGAAAAUGGCAUCAUCCCAUUCCAUUUGUAAAUUGGUUCGCCUCAGAUCAUUAUCACUAAUUACAAGAUAUGGAUGUUCGAUUCCAGCUUUUGAAUCCUUCUCAAAUCAUCAGCAUCUAUAUAAGAUGAAAUUGUCGGGACGCUUAGAGAAAUUUCUCGACCUGCAUGAAUUCCCACUUAACCUCACCGAGCUACACUUGAUUGGGUCCAAAAUACAGCAAGAUCCAAUGGGAACGCUGGAGAAGCUGCCGAACCUACGGAUUCUCGCAUUACGCCAACGUCACUGGACAAGGAAAGAAGAAUCUUAUAUGGGAAAGGAAAUGGUUUGUUCCGCCGGAGGGUUUCUGCAGCUCCAAAGAUUGAGUAUUGAGGAAGGUGAAUUAGUGGAGUGGAGAGUGGAGGAAGGAGCGAUGCCGAAUCUUAGAUGCUUAGAGAUUAAUUCUUGCUAUGAAUUGAAGAUGCUUCCUGAUGGAUUGCAACACGUAACCACCCUCAAAGAAUUGAAGCUGAGGAUGAUGGCAAAAGAACUGGAAGAAAGGGUGAGAGAGAAUGAGGGAGAGGCCUGGUAUAAGAUCCGACAUAUACCCUCUAUUAUCUACCCUGCCGGGUUUUGA